UUGCCCAAACAAAUAUAAUAAAAUUGUAUAGGAAUUAAAACUUAUGUUUACUGAAAAGAUAUCUAAUUCAAUUGUCUUUAUAUUCGAGAGCUUUACGAAUUGCAAUACCAAAUGUUAGAAAUCAUGCGCAUACAGUCAUCUUUUACAAUGAAAUCGAUAAAAAAAUUAUCUACAAUGUAUUUUCGUGUUAAAUAUUGAGAGGAAGGAACUUUAAGGACAAUCUUAUAAUGAGUUUUCAGAAAAGAUUCCCAGUUUUGCAAAUCAUAAUAUAAUAUAUUUGAAUAAUUUACUGAAGUCGACGAGUAAAGAUGGUGUGAGGUUUGUGGAUGGAUGUUUAUCGCAUAUCCAAGGAAAAUGGCAAGAUUCCUGAAACCUUGAUGUAAAUACGGGCAGGACAUGGCCAGAUGGACUCGGUAGACGGAAAUAAGUUAUCCAACGAAUCUGGACAACGAAUCCCCUCAUCGUAAUCCUUUAUUAAAAAUGAAACAAAAAAAUUAAUAUUUUAUUUAACAUAAAAAUGAACUAAAAUGCAUUCAGUUGGCAUUCAUUCCGCAAUGGCGAUCAAAAGGCAACGGAAACGUCGAGAUGAACAAAAAAGGGCGCGAGAAAGACGUUAUAGCACGCAAAGUUCUGAAAGCGGGGAAACAUUUCAUUCUCCAACAGGAUCCGUGAGGCGAAAAUAUCACCAUCCUCGUCAUGCAGUUAGUUCUGGCCCGGGAAUGCUUGACAGCCAGGUAGUUACUAGUAUUGGCAUGUUGCAUAUAGGUAUUGUAUUCGUUGUGUUUGGAGUUUUUCUUUGCGGCGCUGGUAUUAUUCCAGACGAAACUAUGUCAUGGAAGUUAUUUAGCUCAAGCUCAGCCUGGUGGAAUGAAGUAACUUGCACAGGAUUAUUUUCUCUUGGAUUGGGACUGUUUUUACUAAUUUUAAACUGUCUUAUAAGUCGAAAAGAGGAGGAGGAUCUUGAAGACUAUGUGCAACGUCAACUAACUCGAUCUCGCUCUGGACACCGACUUGAAAGAGAUGUUGAAACUGGUGUUUUGACAACGCGCCAUGCACGCAAAGCUGUUGCCUUACAAAAGGGCGGACGUAUUAACUCUCCUACAGAUGUUUCCGUCGUAAAUUGCGGCUCUUCAGAGAAUAUGUGCAAUGGACCGAUAGUCGUCCAUAAUGUUUUAAACAGUUCUGAUGCUAUCCUUGAAAAAAUUGUGGAGGAGGAUAAUACUUAUUUAAACGACCGCAGCUCCGGAAUAUCUCCGAUUGAUUUAGAAAAUGAUAAGAAACAGCUCUUAAGAAGAGAAUCUCUAAGUGACGCAAUCAGUAUAACGCGUAUUUAAGAAACUUAAUUUUUUACUCCUUACAAACAGUACAUGAACAGAUAGAAAUAAUUUUUUUUAUAUCUAAUGGUUUUAUAAUACAAUAAUCAUAUAUCCUCUUUGUCACUUACGAUUGAAUACAUUUAAUAACACUAA